UGAAAAUGAUCGCUCUGAGUACUUUGUGUUACAUACUUGUUGGGAUUUUGGUCGUAAAGAAAGUGUUUGGAUUGGUGGGAUUUUAUGGGAAGCAGAGGAAGAUGAACAAGCAAGCAGCUGAUUGUGGAAAGCGGCCACCGAGGAAAUAUGUGGGGCUAGGUGAGGAAGCAGGCAAGAUUGUUCAGGAUUGUGAGACUAUUGUGGAUCUGCUUAAGGCACAGUUUGAAGGAAAGAUUACAGCACAGGGGCUGAUGGAGUAUACAGUGGAGAGGACUGAGAGAUUAGGCAGAGAACUUGAAAUUACAGCUGAUGAAAAUUUUGAAGAGGCACUGAGAAUGGCUAAAGAGAGAGACAAGCAACUUCAACAAUGACUCGCUGAAGGAAAAGAUCCCUUUGAAGAGCUAGGCUGUCUCCAUGGAAUCCCAUUUUCCGUAAAGGAUCAGAUCAAUCUGAAGGGAACUCUUAAUACUAUGGGUGUAGGGUCUAGAAUCGAUAAUAUCUCUGAAGAAGAUGCUCAUAUUGUCGCUGUUUACAAAAAUCAGGGUGGUAUCCCAGUAGUUAAGGGAAAUACCCCAACAAUUUGCUUGUCGCUCCACUCCACAAAUAAGGUAUGGGGAACUGCUAAAAAUCCAUGGAACAACAAAAGAUCAUGUGGAGGAUCUUCAGGAGGAGAUGCAGCUCUUCUGACUUGUGUAAAUUUCGGGAUAGGAUCUGACCUCGGUGGUAGUCUAAGAUGCCCUGCUUCCUUCUGCGGCUGCAUGUCAUUCAUGCCAACAGCAAGAAGACAAAUAAGUCAUGGAAAUGAGACAUAUUCAGAGAUUAAAAAGGGAGAUAUGCACCCUAUGAACAUAGUGCUUGGGCCUAUCACUAAAAAUAGUGACGAUAUGUUGAGAUUGAUGAAAGUAUACCUCUCUGAGGAGAAAUUAAAGAUGGAUGGCCUAGACUAUAAGCUAAGGUUUGAUCAAAGUAUCUAUGAAGAUACACUUUCUUGCAAAAAGCUCAGAAUUGGAACUAUUACGAAUUACGAUGAAGUAUUGACUCUCUGUCCGACUGGGAAGAGAAUCUUGCAAGAGGCAAGGGAACACCUCACUCGCUUAGGUCAUGAGGUUGUAGAGAUUGAGAUUCCAGAGUUUGAAGAGCAAUGUACUUCUCAAGGAAAACUUCUUGUGAAUCAAGUUUGCCAUUAUGCAGGGAUUGAGAAUAAUAUCCACUGUGACGAUCUCCAAAGUGUUAACUUACUAGUCAAUAUGUAUAAUGGAUACUCAAUCAUACCCAAAGCUUUAUCAUUCUUCACAAAGCUGGUCGGAGAAACAAGGGCUUCCAAUGCUCUGAAACUGCUUAUCAAGCUUGAUGCAGACGGCUUCAAAGAGUUAUGCAAAACUAGAGAUAGACACGUGUCUCAAAUUUCAAAGAUAUUCCAAGAUGAGAAACUAGAUGCUAUCUUGACUGUUCCAAUGGCAUUCCCAGCGAUGACUCCUGAAGUUGCUGAAGAAGUCGGACUAGCUCCUAUUGCUGCAAGACUAGCUAUUUAUUGGCAGUUCCCAUCCGCUACUAUCCCUACAGGUGUUGUUGAAGAGGAUGAGCAAAAAUAUGAAGACAAACUUUUCAAUGAUAUCAUUACAAAGAAGAUCAGACAAAUGAUGCAAGAUUCUAAAGGCCUCCCUCUUGGGCUUGAGAUCAUUGGCAAGCCUUUCAAGGACGAACAGGUCUUAGCCAUAAUGAAGAUAUUAGAGGAUAGCUUUAAAUUCCAAGAGAAGCAUCCAUAUCCUAAAUACGAGUAAGCAAUAUUCGCUCCAAGUAGGUAUAAGUU